AUGCAACUCACAAGUAUUCUCGGCCUCUGCCUAGUCGGCCUAGCCAGUUCCGCCGCCGCAAUGCCCAGACUCGCCGGUCCAUACCACGGCAAACCCCUCGCAGUCCAUGUCCCCGUCAACGUCACGACUGCCCACAAAGCGACUACUACCGGCACGCCAGUGACGAAGCCCUUGACGACGGGAACAGCAAGCAAGAGCAAUGGCACACACCAUUCUCCCAAGAUUCAGGGAUCGGCCAAUCUUCCCAAUCAUAUCAAGCUUAUCAAUCAUUGUUCGGAGCUGUGCUCGUUGGAGGCGCAGACUUGUAAUGUUGCCGUGCCGGAUGAUGAUAAGUUUUGCUGGCAAACGUAUCUGCGGUGCAUUGACCGAUGCCGACCUGAUGAUUUCCAGUGA